UAUAGACACUGUAAAAACUAGAUUACAAGGUCAAAAAUUUACCAAACCUCCAAAAUAUCAAAAUAUGCGAAAUGCUUAUACCACAAUUUUGAAGCAAGAAGGACUUGUGCGUGGAUUAUAUGGUGGGGUGACACCUGCCAUAAUAGGAUCCGUACCAGCGACAACUAUUUAUUUUGGAACAUAUGAAAUUACAAAACGUAAGAUUACAGCUUUUGGAAUACCAGACACUAUUGCACAUUUAACGGCUGGAUCCGUGGGCGAUGUGAUGGCAUCUUCAGUUUACGUUCCUUCUGAA